AUGUUAAAAAAUACACUGGACAAAAAGUUUAAGUUAGCAAGAGAUACCUUUCUCCAAUUUAUUGAGCAGGAUACCAUAAAAGAGAAUAUAACAGAAGAGGGUACAGCUAAAAAUAAAUCAAAGCAAUCAAUAGAAAAGUAUACAAAGAUUGUAGUUUUAAGUGGCGUAUCACUUGAAAAAUUUCGCGAGUUACAUAUAGAAGCGAGAAAGUUUAAAGUUUACAUCCGUUUAGUUAAAGGUGAAGUAAUCAUUUAUGAAAUGCCUAGUCCUCCCCAUUCAUUCGUAGCUGGAUAUUUGACUCGUUUGAUAGGAAAUUGGAGCAACUAUCUUGAAAUUAGUUCGGAACUAGAUAUGACUGUUAGUCGUAACACUCAGUAUAUUUCUAACGUCAUAGUUGAACCUUGGCCACCUUGGCAACCUGGACAACAACAGUGUACACCUGCACCUGGACGCGUACCACAACCAAGAAUGAUUAUAGAAGUGGGAAGAUAUGAGUCUAUUGGAAGUUUGCAUUCUUUGUCGAGUGAAUAUUUUUCCGAUUCUGCACAAACCAGAUUAAUUCAAGUUUAUUUAUCAAUUAAAAUAUUUAAUCGUCGGUCAGAUGGUACCGUUGCGAUGGUCGCGAUGCUUUAUUUGCGUAAUAACCAGAUUCCUACAACUGUUCCUACACAAACCCGACCAAACGUACGUAUGACAACAAUACGAAACACGAUACCAAAUCUCAUAAUUUCGUUCGGAACAGCACCUCUUCAACAAGAAUCAAUAGAUAUCAUUAAUAGUACCGGAGUACGACGUUAUAGAAUCAAUGGCCUCCUUCAGCCUAAUGACACUGCUUGUACGAAUCCCGGAAUGCAAAAUUAUCAGAUUGAUAUACCAUCAAAUUUACUUUUCAAUAGUUUUCCUGGAGGUGUGCCCUGGGGAACACCAAAUAACUUCACCAUAGAUCUCUGGGAGGUUCAGCGACGAAUUUUGGAUCGUCUGGUGAGUGUUGCUUUCAUGCUUUGCUAUUACAUUAUUACUGAUAAUUCCUAA